AUGGCCAGCACCGCCGGGCUCUCAACGGUGAGCAUGGCCUUGCCAUUUAAACAUGUCCUUCUUGAAUUGCUCUCACGCUUUCCCGACUCUCGACUGUAUCGAACGAUAGCCCUCUACGAUGAGAUACGCCGCACCUCAGGUCGCAACAGCGUGCCCAAGUUACCUGCUUUGCAGACCACGCGCCCUGAGGCUUCCAAGUCUGGCUUCAGAUUGCAUCGCGCCAAGCUCUCUCACAAAGCCAACACUGGGCCCGAAGCUUCGCGCCCUGCAACCCCAAGUUCGGCUCGAAUGUCAGCCUUGACACGCCAUGAUUCUCGUGAAAGCCGUCCGCGUUCCGCGCGAGAUCCCUUGCCCGCACUUCCAAGCCACCUUCGACUCUCGCGCCGCAGCAGCAGCAACGGGCUUGAGCCUUUGGCUCCUCUGUCUCCCAAGGAUCAGGCUACUCCGAACACCCCAGAUGCACCCUCGGAAAUGUCUCCCAUGGACCUCGUGCAUGCCCUUGCUCAUCUACAGCAAGUUAACAAGAGUCAUCAUUUGGCCGUGGCACGCUUGAUGUAUCACAACAAUGACUGGCUUGCGCUGCCCGUGCCCUACGACCAACUCAAACGCGGUCCUCGGGGUCAUGUGAAGGAGCCUUAUGUGCAGCUUGAAGCAGACAAACCUGGCACGGCACUGGUGUGCCAGCAGGGGCAGUCCAGUGGGGUGCCAAUCACGAUUGAUCGCGUACCCGUGCUCUUUGGUGCCAUUGCCAACGUUCAGCGUCUUCUGGAUCGUCAUCGUCAGCGGCGCCAAGAGCGCUGCUAUCGUGCCUGGCUUUAUGUGGUCGGUGAGCGACGCCGCCAACAAAAGGCCACCUGCUUGGAACGACGCAUUCGCUCCGUCAUUCUUCUGCAACCGAGCAAGCGUGCUAUCUUGUGUGACAUUGUUGACACGGUCGAGGAGGACAUACGUCAGCUUCUGGAGCAGACGUUGCCGGAUGUUGCUGAAUUGGACUUUGAAGACCUUCAUGCCGAGCUGCUGGCCGCCUGGGAGGAUUUGGAGUCUCGCUCCCAUCAAACCACCCACGCCCUUGGGCACACUCUAGUUCAAAACCUGACUGAGCGCAUCAAUGCACAGCUCAACCCCACGCAGCUCGGAUUGGCCCUUGGCGAGAGCCACGAGGAUGUUGCCCUUCGUAUCGAAAGCCGACGUCGGCUCCUGGCCGACGAGCUGGAAAGCGUUUUUCAGAUGUUGUCCUUCAUGCUGCCAGAGUUGUACUCUCGAGCCGCCCUCUCGUUUUGGAAUGUGCUCGAAGCUCAACUGCAGCGUCAUUGGGCAUCAGAACUUCUCAUCGUCACAGACAAGUCAGGUGCCACGGCCGUGCGUUUACAGUUAUUCGGCACCAGCCUCCUCAACUCACUGGUCCAUCAGCUGUACAACGCCGCCGUCCCCUUGACUCAGAUUACAUGCGAGGUGGUCAAAGGCCUGUCCGGCAAUGUCGGGCGACCUGCACCUUGCAGCGGUCUGGCGACCAGUCUUGAGGCCUUUGUCUUCCCAGUCCUUCGCGUCGCUGGGGAGGCUUGGUCCCGCCGUCGGGAGGCUGCUGUCGCAGUGACUGAGACGUUUGCCGUCCGCGUGCUUGAGCUCGAACAAGCUGCCCGCCAACUCCAAACUGAGGUGGCCGCCGUGCCAGCGCCCAAUUUGGAGAAUUUUCAUGAUACCAGUCGACACCUGGAAGAACUGCUUGAGCAGCUUCUGGCGGCCGAUGGCACAGCGGCAAAGCUCGACCUGGCAUUACCAGUACCCGGCUCCAGAUUUGAGCUUCGAACCACGCAGCCGCGUUCUCAUAUUCGCGCUCGGCUCACUGCAGCACGAGCCGAUCUUAAUCGCGUGGCCAGCGCAGCUCUUCAUGCCAUUGUCAGCGUUCUGCGCCAGCAGCUUGGUGACUACCUGAUGCACCUGCGUAACGAUUAUGCCGAACUUGAAGAGGUCUUACUGGCUCUGGAUUCACUCCGCGAUGCUCAACGCAACUGGGCUAAGCUGGAAUCACACUGCUCCGACUGCUUGCGGCUUGAUGACACCAUGAUGCGCUGCGGGCUGGAGCUUUCCGUCGAGUUGCGGGGCUGGGUUGGCCAUCUACAAGCGCAAUACCACCAAAUUCGCAACCGCCUGGAUCAGUAUAGCCAGGAUGCCAGUCAACUGAUCCUCGCUGGUCGUGGGCUCGUCUCUGCCAAGCUCGACCAGCUGAAUCCCAUGCUCAUCAACAACAUGCUGCGCGAGCAACUGCUGGAGCUUGACCGCGAUGAGGCUCGACUGCACGACCACGCCUUGCAUUGGCUGCAGUGGCAGCUGCGACAGAGCAGCAUCAACAUGGGUUCGCGUGUGCGAUUUGAUCGUGCAGCCCCGGCACUAUUGGCACAGGUGGAAACCACUGAAACCCGUUUACAGCUACUCAAGACCUGCUACUCCCUCUUUCACGAGUCUGAAGCUGCGCGCCAGGCUCUGGUCAAGCAUGACAUUGCCUCGCUUCAAAUUGAUGCCGCCACGGCGCAGCUGGACGGGAUGGAGCAGACGUGGGGUUCCUGUCACGUGCAACUGUCAGAUGCGCCCGUAUUGCAGCACGUGGCUAAAAAUCUGCACUUUGCCCACCAGUGGUUGCAAGUAGUUGAAUUGUGUCAAACCCCCGAGCUCGAAGAGGAAGAGCUGGAUAGCAUUCGCGACGUCUUGGCCAUUCCCAAGCGAUGGGAGGACAUACUUGUCGCUGACCUCAUCCAAGCCGGUGCACUCGCAAAGAAGCCCAGCGUGGUCAAGCUGGUUGAGAAAGCUCGUGCGCGCCAUCUGUUUGUGGCCCACGUCGCUGCGAUUGCCGAAUGGUUGCGGACCGAACUGGUGGAGACGGAAAUUCGUGGAUCGGCCCUUCACGGCAUGCGUACGCUAGCCGUAGCCAACCUAGGGUCGUUGCUACGACAGACCGUGAACCGCCGGGCAGACUUGCGUCAGCUAUUAAAGUCUUCAUAUCGCACUGUGCAGUCAGGAAUUACAGAGCUGUCAAGACGCACCAAUCGUACCUUUGAAAUCCUCACCGACUUGCAGUCACUCCAAGACAACUGGAUGGCGCUUCAAUCGCUGCGCAGCUUAUUUAAGAGGCAUCAGUCUGUAGCCAAAGCCUUUGAACAUUUUAAAUGCCAAUGGGUACCUGUGGCACAGACGAUCGAGAAGAGCCCCGUCCUGGGGCAGUUGAGUGAUGCGAUGGUCCGUGAACAACUGACAGCUUGCCGGACGGCUUGGCACACUCUUCAAGAGCGAAUCAGUGACGCCGUGGGCCAGCUUCGCUCUGUGGCGCCUGUCCUCUUUGCUCUCCCCAAGGGCACUAUUGCGGCAUCAGUGGGCCUGCCAGCCGUAGAUCAGGCACAUGCCUUGCUACCGCAGCUUUGGACAGCUGUGCGCCACCUUGUUGUGGCGGACCGCGAUCUGAGUGGCCUAUGUUGUCACUCGGGCGAAAUUUUCCACCUUCGUCAGCCCUUUCGUUUGCGCGGAGGCUUGGCUGAGUGGCUACCAGCGGUACAGCAUGAGGUAGCGACUUCACUUCAUGAGCAACGACUUGCGGCCUGGAAGACCGUGCAGAGUCUGUCUGCAGCUUUAAUGCCUACCGCUUUGCAUUCGCAGCGCUCACGGGGCCGAGCCGCACCAAAGACGGUGCAGGACACUGCCUUAGCUCAGGGUGAUAACAUUCAAGCUGCUGUUGCGGUGAUUCUGGCACUGGCAGCGCAAUUUAGCGGAGCUGGAGCCAUUGCAUUGGCAGCUGAGCUGCACGAUCUGAUCUUGCGAUGCUUCCACGCCAAUCGCACCGAGCGGCGCACAAUGUUUGCGCGCUUGGCCAAGACUUUGCAGGAGCUGCAGCACCGCCUUGGCGCUUUCUAUGCCAAUCCGCCUGAUGGGGCCAAUGUCGCCACGCUGCGCGUCUUGGCGGGCGUCAUUGGGCACCACGCGGUAUUUUGCGAGCAGCUGCAUGCCGUCAAAGCCACGCGCGCGGACGACAUUCAUGUUUUGCAAUCCGUUCGUUACGUCUUUGAUCCUGAGACACACAAGUUUGUGGUGCGGACAGGCUUGACCACAUCGCGCUUGGGUGAUGCGCCCAUUAGCCUGUGGCCACAGCGCCUUCGAUGGGGGGAGGAUUGGGCCAGCAUUUUGCGUUUGCUUCACACGCACGAAGCUGCAAAAUGCAUGGUCUUUCCCUCUGAGAUGGGUGCGCUACAGCUGCAGGAACUCUUGCAUGUGGUUUGCUCGAGCGCGACGCCACAAAUACUCACAUGCACCUCUCCUACCACAUCGGUGGCAUUACCCGAGGCGUUGGACCAUCAACUAGAAGAAAUUUUGGUGUGCACAACAGCGAUCCCCGAUUUGCUCAUUCUGCACCUGCGUAGCCGUCGACCAAGUCAGCCACCGCUGAUCAUGGACUUGCGAGGACUUGCUCCUGGGGCGCUCAGUGUUGAGACCAUUGCUGACAAGAGCGCCUUCUUGGAUACGCUUGAGCAGCCAGAUGGCCUCAUGUGUGUCAUCUGCGAUGGUGACGUCGGCAGCAGUGAUGUUGCCCUGCAGUCCCUGCAAUCACGCUACCCCCGACUUCAAAUCUGCCUCAUGCUAACUGUCAUGGACGGUGCUGCGCGGGCCUGCGACGACGCCAUCUUGGCUCCCGAUACGCUCAAGGAGGUGCUUGAGCUCUUUUUACGUGACAAAUUUGCCGAUGCGGUGGCAGAAGCAAACCGCCGCUUGUCUGUCGACGGCAUUCGGGUCCACGCGCAACUGGAUGCAACUUGCCAGCAUGCUGCCGACCUGGGUGUCGCUCUUCUGAGCUCAAUGCGAGACGAAGUUCCUCACGUCGUGUCAGUGCAAGCUCUGGUGGGCUUUGCCAACCUGUUAUUUGCGCAUUUACAUGCUCUGAUUGGACACAAUCAUCUCUCACACUUGAGCUCGCUGGAUACGGGUGCAUACCUAUUAUAUCGUGCCCUGGCACUAUCUGCCUAUUGGGCGUGUCGAAUGGCAGCAGGCACCACAGCGGUUCCGGCAGCAGCUGCGUCUUCCGACUUUUCGGGCCAGAACAUGACUCGUCACAUCGACCGCGCCAUCGCGCGCAGCCGUAGAUGGGAAAUUAAUGGUGCGCAAGCCCUGCUUCGAGAGGGCACGCUCCGCGACUUGGGCCACUUGAUGGUUGACCAUGCUAGCGGUGGCCUCAGGCCCGUCGACGUCGAAGCAGCACGCCUCAUGUCGCUGCAGCGAGAUGAAGGGAAGUAUGACGCUUUGUGGAGCGCUCCGGUUGCUCUAUUACCGCCUGCGCAGCUGGGCUGGGCCAUGUCUCAGGUCACGCUCGUUGAAGCUGGCAUUCAGGUGUAUGCGCAGGCUCACCACGCAGCCGAUUUGGAAGCCUUUGCCGCUGUCUUAAUCAGGCUCUUACACGAGCGCGACUAUGCACCUUUUCGCACAAAUCAGAUUCGUCCCUGUCAACGCAGCGAGGCUACAAUGGUGAAAACUCUCGAUGCCCUUUGGACUUGGGAUGAAAAAACGUGGCGGAUACAGGCCGAGCGUCCAUUACUGGUGGUCGAUAAUUGCCCGGCGCUGGUCGUGUCGGCUCUUGUCCACCAACGAAACCUGCGGCGCAAGGGUGGUGAACGUGUCGCCGUACCCUCUUUUGACUUGUGCUGCUUUGGUCGUGGAGUGGUUGCGCCGUCCCACAUGCUGGUGACGGUCACAUUAGAUCUUGAUCCAGUUGCCCUGGUUGGCGAUGAGCCGUGGAGCUAUGCAAUGGCCGCACGACGAUUUUUGGAUGCGCACGCCAACGUGCCUGCCAUCUUUGCCCAACCUUUGGGCACAAUCAUUGACGACAAGGUGAUUGAAUGUGGGGAGAAUGAGCCCAAUGUUGCAGCCCAGCUAAAUGAUGCGUUUGGCCAGCUGAGCGCAGUUCUCGCGCGUAAUUGGCGUAAUACGUCCGAGGGUCCGCCCUUGGCGGGGAUCGAUACCGCCAACACCAUAUCAGAAGCUUCUGAGACGAACGAGCCCGUGCCUCUCGACUGCAUUGUCAUUGUAGUGGAUCGAACCGUGAAUGCUGCAGCCUGUCAACAUGCUGAAACGAUCGCCCUCAAUCCCUGGCACGUCCUUGAUCCCGAAAUUCGUGCCGCGCAUCUGCUGGCGCAUGAAAUUCCAGGAGGCAUGCCACCGCACGUGGCUUUUGAAGAGCGCUGGCGAUCACGUGUUCGCGUCGUCACCAUGUCCACGCGAGCGGAGGCCUUUGUGGCGAGUAAGCCUGGUCUCAUUCCAAUUCCGCGCGUAGACUUCGCUACCUCGGGUCUGUGGCGUGAGGAAAUGACUCGGCAAACUGAUGCCGUAACGGUGCAACGCGCAACGCAAUUGGUUGAGGUUUUUUUUCAGUUCUGCCCGGUUCUCUCAGCUGCCCAAGCUCAAUCUCGUGUCGCGUUGGUCAUGCGCGUUUUGCGCUCGGCACAAGAAUUGCAAGCCAUCUUGGAACGAGAAGCCAAUUUGAAGCUGGAUCAAGUGGUCAAAUCUUUGCGUUGUGUCCAUGAGUAUGUGCAGUUGGAGCACACCCUCAUACGCGGCUUGGAGCAGGCACAUUUGGGCAUUGAGCAACUUGAGCAACGCUCUGCGCAACUAACGCGGAGGCGUGCCAUGACCCAAGAAGCCAUUAAAACUGUGGAAGAGGCGCUGGUCAAGUGCAGCCAGCGUAUGCACACGGCUGAAGCGGAAUUAAAGCUGCAAAACGAGGCCAUUGAGAGCCGUAUGGCCGUCUUUAGCCAACCGCUCCAAGAGGCCACCGGCUACUUGCGAGCCGUGGACAAAGGAAGCAUGAACGAAAUCCGUCGCUAUCAGCGACCCCCGCGACACAUCCACCAGCUACUAGCCGGCGUCGCCUUGUCUUUCGAAGAGCCCACGGACUGGAGCAGCAUCACGGCGUUUCUUGCACAACCCAACCUGGUCGAUCGACUGGCGCGUCGCUUUCAGGACGAGGUGGGGAUGGCGAGUCUGGAGCGAUUGCGUGCACAUGUUCAAAGUGAGGACUUUAACGUGGAACGGAUUGUCAACAUUUCUGUGGCUUGUCACCGCCUUUGUCGGUGGUUACUCGCACUCCUGGAUUACUGGCAAAUGCGAAAGGACAUCCGACCUGCUGAAAAAGCGCGAGACGACGCCGCCGAGGCCAUGACGACAGAGAGGGCGGAACAUCGUAGGCUCCUGCAAAUGGAACAAGAGGAUCGAGCAAAGCUUGCAGCCUUGCGUGCCGAGGCACGUGAUGUGCAGGAGCAGACAUUGCAGCUCAAGGCCACCCACUCGCAACUCACUCGUCAACUUGAACGCCUGCGCGACGUUUCUGGCGCUCUGGUGCAGCCGCGCUUGCAAUGGCAACGUGUGCGUACCGAUCUGCAAACUCGCCUGCAGAGGGUGCCAGUGCUGGCCCUUUUGGCAGCUGCAACGCUCGAGAUGCUCGGACCAGUGGGCACGGGGCGAAGACGAGAUAUUUUUGCGCGCUGGCAGACCCUGCUAGGUCUCGAUGCCGGUGUCGAGCCCAUGACCCUGCGGAACUUUGUCGAGUUGCUUCAAACUCCCGAUGAAAUUCAGGCGUGGCGACGGGCGCGGCUCGUGCCAGGUCCAGACGCGCUGACUAGUGCGUGUCUGCUUUUGUGGCACUCGCGACAGCGGCUCGUGCGGCUGGUGGACGCUCACGCACUGGCCGUGACGUGGCUGCGAACGUACUACAAGCAUGCCAGAGUCAUUGAGGUUGCAGCAAACGGGGAGCCGAUUCGCGCCGUGGAUGACCCGAACGGAAGCUUGAGCGGACCCAUGGACGUGGACUUGCUGGCCCGAUACGACGUCGUGCUGGUCAUGGGUGCGCCGGGGGAGCAUGAGCUCCUGCCACCUUUUAUUCGUGAGCUUACUGCGCGAAAACGUACUGGCCAUCUCUCGGCACGCGUCUUUCUGCUAACAGACAAAGCAAACUGGCCGCAGCCUGCAGAUGUCGGCAUGGCUGUGGCGGGGCCGAGCGCUCGCAGCGCGCCAGAGGUGGUGACCGUUGUUUUUCACGCCGCCGUGGACAUGUGCAUCGAACGCCUCUCUGGCUGUAUUGCACGGGCCACGGGUUCGGCAAGCGUACGCGACUAUCGCGACUGCAGCAAUCGGUUGGCUCUGCUGAGCACCAUUCGGGCUGAAGGGGAGCAACGCGUCCUGGAUGCGGUCAUCGCCACCACGCACAAGCAGCUGCUGGAGGAGGAAGCGCUGCACGAUGUGCUGACGGAAUAUCACGCUUCCAUGGCCUCGGCUGCGGAGGAGGAGCUGGAAGUGACCAGAAAGCUGGCCGAGCUGCAACGUGAGCUGCAGACGUUUCAAAGCACAGCGCAACACAUGUACUGUCUCUGGUGUGCUCUGGCUUCCUUCGGUUCAACAUGGCCAUCCGCAGCCGUGCCCUUUGGCGUUUUUUAUCAAGAGCUGGACGAUUGUCUGCGUCGGCUGCAUGGCACAACAUCACCGACCUAUGAACAGCUGGCGAACCUCGGCGAGCCAAAAAUGCACAACGUGGACCGUCGGCUAUCCCGCGCCUUGCAACUGGUCAAGUCGGCGCUGUUGGAUCUUUUGCCUCGCAUUCGAGCUGCCAUGCCGGCGCAGGCCCAAGCACAGCUGUUACACCGCAUUGUUCACUUUGCCCUGACCUCGUCGCUCAGCGAGAUGGCCGAUGGCUUGGAUAUGGGCCGUGCACCGUUGUCAUCGGAAGCCCUGGCUACGCAUGUGGCUGAAUGCAUGCGCUCAUUGCCUCUCAUGGUCCCUGAAUGGGCGUCAGAGCACCGAGCAAGCCUAGGCGCAGCGGGCGCUGUGUCAAACACUGCCACCCCGGUCGUGGUCACAGAAACUGACGCGACAGACGCCUUGGAGCAAGAUAAGAACGGUUUAGAGAACCAACCCGAUGAUGCUGAGAUGCCAGACAGCAUGCCGGUGGCACCAGUUGAGGAUCAAGCCUCGGCUUCGCACAUCCCUGGUGAGACAAUGGACGAUCCUUCAAGUCAAUCUGCAGCUCCCAGUGCGACGUCGCCGGGCCUGGCAGGGGACUUUUCAUGGCCAGCUGACUUGCAAUGGGCGACUGCAGGGCUGGAGCAGGUGGUCAACAGUGAACCACGUGAGCUGGGCCGUUUGAAAGCCAUGCUGUCCGCUCAAACGCGCGAUACGUAUGGCCAUGGCGUUGUGGAGACUUGGAUGCGCACAUCAGAGCAGGUGCCCAAUCUACCAGCGUUGCUUCGGCAUGUGAGUGCCCGCUGCGCUCUUCUCCUGGUGCACGUCUUGCGAUCUAGAGAUCUCGCAGCAUGGGUGGCGCGAAGCGUGGCCUUGCAUCCAGUGUUGCAUGUUUGCUUGGUCGCGCUCGCGCCCGAGGUGGACAUGGCUGCGGGCAAGGGUGCGUCUGCGCCUGUGACGGCGUCGCUCACCUGCACCUCGUCGACGCAAGCCAGUGGGCUGGCAGACGUGGUGGCGACUGCCCCACACUCACUGGGCUGGGUGGCCAGCCGCAGUGCAGGCGAUGCAGUCGAUCUGGUGCUCACGCUGGCCCGCGAUGAGGGCAUGAUCCACGCCACACACUAUUUGUUUUUGGAAAGCCACUGGCAGCUGCACGCCGUACGCAGCACCAUUGCGGGCGCCAUGCGGGAAGGCCAGUGGCUGCUUGUUGUUCCCACGGGCAGCCAGCCCUCGGACGUGGUGUUGUGGUGGGCAGUGGGUCUGCAGCGCCUGGUCGAAACGUGCCGAGCGCAACAUGGUGUCAUCUCACCGCGCUUCCGACUGUGGAUCUGCUCGUCAUUUUGGCAGCGAUUGCCCAACGUUGUCACGACCUACUUCCUCCGGUUAGGCUAUCAAGCGGACACAACCACGUGGGCUGCGGUGGUGGGUAGUCUGCGGCUUUUUUUGGGCCCAGUCCGUGGACGUUUGGGGAUGGUGCAGACCAUGCGUCAGGCCGGUGUGGUUUCGACAGCGAGUGGGCGUCGAUGCAAAUCCGGUUCUGGUGAGCGAAAGGCGGGCCAGUCCGUCGGGCAAAGUCGUACUUCUGGUGGGCCGGUGACCGGGCGACGUGCCUCGAAGCGCAGUGGAAGUCAGACAACAGGCUUUCUUUCCAACGCCGCCUUGGGCAGCCAACUAAGCGAUGAUCAACUGGUUGUGUGGGCGCAGGUGGCAGCCGUGUUGACUAGCUUUCACCAUGCAUGUGCAGCCCAACGUCAGGAACGCUUUACAACAAGCGCGAUGCCGCUGGGCCUUUUGGAAGAGAGUGUGCAAGUGGCGCUGCAAGUCAUUCGUGGCGCUGCCCCGGCACAACAUGCGCCGGCCCUGACCACGCUUGUCGCUGAAACGAUCUAUCUGAUUGAUGAUACAGAGCGUAUUUUGUGGCACUCUCUUGUGGUCGAGGCCCUUGCAACCGGCACGAUGGUCUUGCGCCCAGUGGACAGGAUUCAUUGGUUGGCAGAACGCGGUCGGCCCGUGCCUGCUGUGGUCGCCGAGGCCAUUGCAUAAUCCCGUUUGUCUGAUUAUCCUGUGACUUGAUUAUUGUGGAGUGUUUUGACUGUUGUGCGAAUGGGCCUGCGCCAUCAACAAGAUGGACAUGGCUUUGGUGGAAUGUGAGUGUUCAUAGCAAGUCUUUUAUUUUCUAUUUUUGUUUUUUAUGACCAUGCUUGCAAAGACAGAACAAGUUUGAGACUGAGGCAGCAACCCAAAUGAAUGCCGAAUGGUUGUGACACAGCGCCUGAGGCGCACUUGAACUUGGGAAUGAAAAACGAAAUUUACGCACAAAUAUU